CCAACCUGGCGGCCGCAGUUUAGUCCCCGAGCGGCGGUGGCUGAAGCUGCGUCUCUGCGCGAGGCUCCUGCGGCCGCGUCGUGUCGGGACCCUGAUCGUGAUGGGGAUAGAGGCGAGAGCCGGGAGGAACCAGCUGCUUCUCUUCACAUCGGUCAUCCUGUGCUCGGCGCUGAGCAGGGUUGCGGUGUACACCUCGGAAUCUGAAGUCUCCAUUGCUGAGAACAAACCCGCCAAGCUGCCCUGCUCCUACUCCGGCUUCUCCUCUCCCCGCGUGGAGUGGAAGUUUGCCCAAGGUGACAUCACCAGCCUCGUCUGCUAUAACAACAAGAUCACAGCUUCCUAUGAGGACCGAGUUACCUUCUCACACAGUGGCAUCACUUUCCAUUCUGUGACCCGGAAAGACACGGGCACGUAUACGUGUAUGGUCUCCGACGAAGGCGGCAACACCUAUGGGGAGGUCACCAUCAAGCUCGUCGUGCUUGUGCCUCCAUCCAAGCCUACUGUCAGCAUCCCGUCCUCGGCCACCAUAGGGAGUCGGGCGGUGCUGACCUGCUCGGAGAAGGACGGCUCUCCCCCGUCCGAGUUCUACUGGUACAAGGACGGGGUCAUGAUGCCCACGGACCCCAAGAGCAGCCGCGCCUUCAGCAACUCCUCCUAUAGCCUGGAUCACAAGACCGGGGAGCUGGUCUUCAACCCCAUGUCGGCCUCUGACUCCGGCGAGUACAUGUGUCAGGCACAGAACGGCUACGGGACCCCCAUGCGGUCAGACGCUGUGCGCAUGGAGGCCGCGGAGUUGAAUGUGGGGGGCAUCGUGGCAGCUGUCCUUGUGACGCUCCUUCUCCUUGGAUUCUUGAUUUUGGGCAUCUGGUUCGCCUAUAGACGAGGCUACUUUGACAGAACAAAGAAAGGGACCUCGAGUAAGAAGGUGAUUUACAGCCAGCCCAGUGCCCGCAGCGAAGGGGAGUUCAGGCAGACUUCGUCGUUCCUGGUGUGACCCUGGUCCAGCUCACCUCCUGUCCUCUGUGCUUGCCUUACGCUGGUGCUACCAGACUCUGGCCCAUGAUAUCUGUACUUUCACAGAAUGCCUUACGUGUCUUCUAGCCCCACAAGGGUCCCCACUUUUUUCUUAGUUAGGAUGUGUUUUUUGUUUUGUUUUUUUAAAUAAUGUCGGCUGUGCCCCGCUUCCUUCUGCCCCCUCCCCUCUGUUCCCACCACUGCUGAGUGGUCUGGGACUUGUUUAAAGCUUUCCUUCCCCAUCCCUGUGAGGGAUCAGGCAGGAGUCCUGAUUGAUACGCGUUGACCUCCCUCCAGGCAGGCGGCAACAGUGGCCGGCACUCUCUACCCACCCACCCCAACCCUGUGACAGGGCCUAUGAGUAGUGACCUUGAGCUUAUCCCCGGCCCUUUCCUCAUGCUGAGGAGGUAUCUGCGGUUCCAGGGUGGAGACUGGAGACCGAGCCGCUGAUGGCUGACAGGUUGCUUGGGGACCGCACCCAGUCUCUCCUGCCUCUGCAGCCCCCUUUGUUCUGUCUUCCCACGGGAAGUGCCCCUGCGAUCCUCUUGCACUGUCCUCGACACAAGCAGACCGGCACCAGCUGUGUCUUCGGGAACAAAACAGGAGCUUUGGUUCUGUGUGGAGAGCACAGCCAGCUUUCAGGGGACAUGAAGCAGAAGCGCUUUAAAACUACAGAGAAAAGGAAGUUGGAGCUGGAAGCUCAGACUGUCACCGUUGGCUGCAGCAGCUGGGCCGACGCUGUUGGGAUACGUCUGCAGGGCGGUGGGAAUGUGUGCAGGAGCUCUUAGCCCUUUGCGGAGCGUGUGUGUGCCUGCGUGCGUGGUCUCAGUUGCUGAAAUCCUGUGUGUGCAGGAGGGCUUCUUGGCUCUUCGGUGAGAUUUUGUUGGUGUGUGUUUGGAUGUUGCUGGAAAUAAAACCUUGGUUUAUCAGAGCUUCUUGCUGUGGGAAGUGGGGAAAUGAGGUUCCUGGGCUCCAUUGUACAAACAGGAAGCUGCCCGAAGCGCCAUUUCCCUGCAACCUGGCCUGGUCCCGGCUCCCUGUCCCACCCCUUCCUGGUUCCUGUCUCAAGGUGGAGCCUCUGAGCGCCCGACCCUCAGUCUAGAGCCCUCUUGUGGCAGCGGCAGAGCCUUCUGCUGGAGGGUGCCCCGGGGAAGUGGAGCCGGUGCUCCGGGCUUCUGCAGGGUCUCCUCCACCGUGUGGGAGGAGAAUGUGCCACCUCCCCCUCUGCCAGCCAGAUGCAUUAACAGACUAAUCUGCGGCUGUGCGGAAACUCCAGAGCCCGAGGCAGGAGGAUUCCUCAAACCCUUUGAAGAAGUCCUUCUUUAGUAGUAGUUUAAAGCAGCAAUUACUACUUUAUUUAAGCGGGAUGGGGAGGGGGUGCUGUUUGAGGAAAAGACCGUUUUGAGACCAGGACAGAAGACUGGAUGGUUGGGCGGGAGUGAGCAGCAGUAAGCAGGGUGGCCUGCCUGUCGUUGCUUCCUUCUGUCCAUCCGGAGCCUUUUCUGCCCUUAGAUUUCUGUUUCCCCAUCUACCACGGUCCCCCAGUCUAUUAACCAGCAAGAGGGCAAGUACGGGGUUUCCCAGGGCUGAUAUUGCUUCUUUCUGUGGAGGACGCUGAGCCCCACUUGGCCAUGUUUUAUUCCCUUAUCUGGAAAUCCCUAACAGAAUCGAGUGUUCUAUCAAGAAUCCAAAAGGAAAAACGAAACCAACCAGACCAUCAGUUAAGGGUCAUGCACCAAUAAAAAGUAAAUAUUCCAGAUGGAAAUAAAAUUUAAUGAAACAAUAAAAGUAGAGAUUAUGGAACGGUUCAGUAAGAAUGAGAUUUUUAAAGUAUGUUUCAGCUUUGUGUCUUGCUUGGGAGAUGGGGGCGGGCGGGGGGUUGCGGAGAGAAAACACCACAGGAAAGCAGAGGUAGGUGAUUCAUUGUUCCUUUAAGUCUGAGGGGAAGGGUUCCUCACUCCCUCAGUCGCUUGUGGUGAGCUGGAGUCAUUUAUUACCGGCCUUGGAAUUUACCUCUGCAGCUUACCGCAGCCUCUAUGAGUUGGAAAACACCUUGUCUUGUUUUCAUUUUGAAAUGUCAAAACUCAUUUUUGUAAUAAAUGUUUAUUUUUCA